AUGCAAAAUAGCCUUCGGAAAUCAUUUCGUUAUCGUCUUCGGAAGAAACCUCAUACUGAUGAUCAUGUUUAUCCACGCAUUGAUGCAAAUGAUUGUUCAAAUUCGAAAUUAAAUUUAGUUAAACCAGUGAAAUCAAAAAGUUUUCUACAAAGACGACGACGACGACAUCGCUCAUCAUCAUCAUCACCACUGUCUCCAUUAUCAUCAUCAGAACAAGCGAAAUCAAAAGUAUUUGAACCUCGUUAUGAUAUUCAUUAUAAUUCUGAUGAUGAUCCAUUUCCAUCAUCAAUAAAUCCUCAUUCACGUCCAUUUGAUCGUUUAACUUAUCAAAUACGUAAAUCAUUUCGAAAUACAUUAAGACGACAACGUCCAAGAUUUGGAAGUACAAAUUCAAAUAAUCAUUUAAUAUUAAACAAAAAUGAUGAAAAUCAAAUAUUAAAUCCAAUACUUUAUCCAAAAUUAUCUACAGGUCUUACAUCACCUUUGACAAUAACAAAUGAUAAUGAUAAAAAACAAUUUCAAAAAAAACAACGAAAAGCACCAUUAGCACCUACACAUAUGAAUCAAUCAAUAUCUUUACCAAUUGAAAUCAAUGUUAAAAAUCAACAAACCGGUUCUAUAUCAUCUAAUGAUCGACAAUUAGAUAAUAAUGCACAAAAUUUAAAAAAGACUAAUUUUAAUCAAUUAUUUCGGAUUAAUUUUUCAUUUUUACAGAAAAAACAUCAAGAAAAUCAACAACAUGAAAAUCCUAAUGAAAAAUUGACAUUCCGUCAACGAUUUGAUUCACUAAGACGUUCAUUUCAUAUUGUCAAUCGAAAUGUAUCCAAAAAACAUAAUAAUCACUUGCUUUCAAAUGAAUAA